GUCCGCCUCCUGCGCUCGGUGCUCGGCCCAAAGGCGCGCGUCGGGACGGUGGAUCGGUUCCAGGGGCAGGAGGCGCCGUGCCUGGCGGUGGUGGUCGCCUCGCCCCGCCUCGCGGAGGCGCCGGUGCGGUCCGUGCGGCAGCUGCGCGAGGUGAACUUCCUGGCGCGCAUCCGCGAGGUCGGCGGGGCGACUCCCGAGAUCGACGGCGACGAGCCGCCCCUCGGCGGGGGCUAG